AUGUCUUCUACCUCCCGGAUCUGGCUCAUCACUGGCACCUCGUCUGGAUUUGGCCUGGAGUUGGCUAAAGUGGCCGCCAAGAGCGGAGAUCGUGUAUUGGCCGCCACUCGGAGUCCGCAUAAAUUAGCCGAGCUCGAGUCAGCCAAUCCCAACAUCAAGGCUGUCUACUUAGACCACAACGAGCCCCCAGCCCAGAUACAAGAAGCAGUCAAAACCAUCCUGGCUGUCUAUGGAACGGUCGACAUUGUCGUCAACAAUGCCGCCUACGUGCACACAGGAAUGCUGGAAGAGGCUACAGCAGAAGAGACUCAGCGUCAAUUCCAAGCCAAUACAUUUGGCCCCCUGAACCUCUACCGCGCCUUGCUGCCCCACCUCCGUGCUAAGGGGUCAGGCACUCUGGUUACAAUCGGCUCUAUGGCCGCCUGGUACCCCAUGGCCGGCUGCAAUCUCUACAACGCCUCCAAGGCUGCUCUGCGCUGGCUCGGACUUGGACUCGGGGGUGAAAUCUCCCAAUUCGGGAUCCGCCACUGUUUAGUUGAACCGGGCUUCUUCCGUACCGAGUUGCUGAACCCUAAAGCCAAUAUUACCCCGACCGAAAAGACCUCGCGCCUAUCGGCCUACAAGGAGGCUAACGACACAACCGACGCCAACUUUGCCGCCUUUAACGGCGCCCAACUGGGUAACCCCGUCAAGGGCGCGCAGGUUAUCUACGACGUCACUACCUCCACGGGAGUCGCGGAGGGGAGAUCCCUACCUGCUUUCUUGCCUUUGGGCAGUGAUGCCAGCGAGGCGAUUGGCAAGGCCGCAUCUGAGACCUUGGCGGCGAUUGAGGAAUGGCGGGAGAUUAGUGCCUUGACGGACUUUCCCAAGGGUUCGUAA